AUGAUUGCUGCUAUGCUGAGGAGGUCGCCGCCUGAGGAGAGGUAUUUGCUGCCGCACCAUAAGGAGGAUCAGAUAAGGGAGGAUGAUGUGGUGGAGGUUACGGGGGAUGAGGAUGAGGAUGGGAAUGAGGAGGAUGAUUUGAGCAGGCUGUCGACGAAUGAGCCACGGCCGUUGCUGUCGAGGUGGGGCGCGGAGGAGGAUGAGACAUCGCCGUUGAUGGUGUCGAGGUCUAGGGAGAGUAGGAGGAGUUAUGGGAUUAGCAAUGGGAGGAAUGGGAGUGUUGAUUUGGAGAGCCAGAAGGGGCCGUCGAGGACGGGGUGGCUGCAUAGGACUAUUGACUCUGUCAAGGGGGGUAGGGGAAAGGUUGCUAGGGGGUUCAAGAGUUGGGAUCGGCAUGCGCUUUGGAAGAAUGUUGUGGUUGCUCCUGUGGCGUGCCUGCCGGCGGUGGUGGUUGGGUUGUUGCUGAAUAUUUUGCUACCAGGUAUGAUUUUGUUCCCGCUGGGAAGUCCAAUUUUCGCCAAUUUAGGAUCGGCGGGUAUUUCCAUCUUUUACGUGAGCACGAUCAUCUCGCAGUUGACAUUCUCGACUGGGAGUAUUUUCAGGGGCGGAGUCGGAUCUGAAUUGAUCGAAGUUGUGCCCUUUUUUCACAACAUGGCUGCCACCAUCACCACUUUGGUAGGCGAGGACAAGCCUGAUGCCGUCAUUGCAACUACAAUCACCUCUUACGCCCUCAGUUCGAUGCUUACCGGAACUGUAUUCUACCUCAUGGGCAAGUUCGAGUUUGGGUAUAUCGUCGGUUUUAUCCCCCGUCAUAUCCUGAUCGGCUGCAUCGGUGGUGUCGGUUGGUUCUUGGUUGCCACUGGCUUUGAGGUCACAGCGCGGAUGGAUGGCAGUCUGAACUACGAUCUUGAAACCGUGAAGAAGCUUGCGCAGGCUGAUACUGUCCCACUUUGGAUCAUUCCUUUGGUGCUUGCCAUUGUUCUGUUUUGGGGCCAGUCCAAGAUCACAUCCAAGUUCUUCCUGCCGUUGUACAUCCUCGGCCUCCUGAGGGUGAGCCGUGGUGGUAUUUCUGGACGCUUUACAGUACGUACUUUCCUACCGGUUUUUUUAUGUGAACCUCCCGCUAACAUGUCAACAGAAUUCCACCUGGUUGACUGGAGCGCCAUUGUGCAGUGUGUCCCCGCCAUGUUCGCCCUCACCUUUUUCGGAAUCUUGCACGUCCCCAUCAACGUCCCAGCGCUCGCACUCAAUGUGGGGGAGGAUCAUGCUGAUCUUGACCACGAGCUCAAGCUUCACGGCUACUCGAACUUCCUCUCUGGAUGCGUGGGCAGCAUUCAAAACUACCUCGUCUACGCCAAUAGCUUGUUCUUUAUGCGCUCAGGCGGCGACAGUCGGCUGGCAGGUUACAUACUUGCCGCCCUUACCUUUUUAGUCAUGAUGAUCGGACCUUCGUUGAUUGGUUUCAUUCCCAUCAUGAUGGUUGGUGUCCUCAUCUUUGAUCUUGGGUUUGAGCUGCUGCUGGAGGCCGUGUGGCAGCCGAGGAAGAAGCUCAAGCUGCUUGAAUAUCUUACUGUCAUUGCUAUCGUGUUGAUUAUGGGUAUCUAUGAUUUUGUCGUGGGUAUCGGGGUUGGUAUCUUGCUGGCUUUUAUCUCGUUGAUUGUUCAGGCUUCGAGGGUGCCGGCUGUUCGAGCCAGUUAUUCAGGAGAGGUGGUUGGCUCGACAGUGAGGAGAAACCCUACACAGCAACACUACCUGCGCCAGGUUGGUCGCCAGAUCAACAUCAUCAAGCUUUCGGGGUAUUUGUUUUUCGGCACCAUCGUCAGCGUCGAGGAGAAGAUCAGACACCUCAUCACCGAGGACCAGUUCAAGAAGCGGCCUAUCAAGUUCCUCAUCUUGGACCUAUGGCUAGUCACUGGGCUGGAUUACUCGGCCGGCGAAGUCUUCAACACCAUCAGCCGCCUCCUCAACGGCAAGGGCAUCGAGCUCGUCAUCAGCGGUGUUGGGCCCGAACGUUCCUUAGGCCGCUCCCUCCGCGCGGUCGGGUUGGGAGAGGACGGGAUUGAAGUCAAGUUCCUCCCGGAACUGAAUUCAGCCCUGGAAUACUGCGAGAACGAGCUUCUCAAAACCCUCUAUGCCAACCAGCAAGAGGAGGAGCAGCAGCAGCUCAUUCAGCAACAGCAGCAGCAACCCUCGCCGAGACCUUCGGCAAACUUGGAUGUGCCUUCUAGUCUGGGCCCGCAUUUUUCGUCGUCUGACCUGUUGGGGUCGUCGCCGAGGAGGUCUCAUCUGAGAGAAGCGGCCAAGAACUCUCUUGGCACGAUGGAAGUACGCAAAAAACUCACGAGAUGGCAGUCUUUCAAAGAGCCGCUGCGUCUCAUCCUCCGCAUCUUCCAAGACGUCUCGGAUAAAAACGAGGACUUUUGGUUCCGGGCUGUGGGGUACUUUCAGAGAAAGGAAUACGCCCACGGAACGGUCCUCUUCAAAUCAGGGGAGCAAGCAGAAGGGUUUUACCUGCUGGAGUCGGGGAUUUUGAGGGCCGAGUAUGAGCACCCUCAGGGGAUGCUGUACGAGAGUAUCGUCGCGGGCACCACGUGCGGGGAGCUGCCGUUUUUCAGCGAGACGAACAGGACGGCGACGUGUGUGGUGGAGAGCGAGGGGGGUGUGGUGGUUUGGGUUAUGGACCGGGAGGGGUGGGGGAGGAUGCAGAGGGAGGAGGCGGAGGUGGCGAGGGAGCUGUUGAGGAUUAGCCUCAAGUUGACGAGCGAGAGGAUGGGGGUUAUUACAAGUUAUACGCUUACUAUGGCUGGGUGA